UAAUGUGUGCCGUCUAGUUAAAAGCGCUAGAGGACGUGUUCUGUUUGUAGUUGUGUCUCGCUUGCACAAAAUAGGCUUCAAGCUGAAAGUGUGCGUUAGGAGCGUUUUCUCUGGAGAACUAUUUUGUUGGCGGUGAAAAAGUUGCGCGUUGCGGACGGAUCCCAGGUCACUCGCUGGUAACUUGCAGCGAACGCACUGGCGAACGUUUGUUUGCCUGUCAGCUCGAAAAGUGUACGUGAAUGCUGUGCUGAAUGCUUGAUGCCGUCGUCUGUGUCCCCUGAAGCCAUCUGCGGAGCUCCACCAGACACCUAAUCGCAGAAGAAAGAGGCAGCCCAGCUCGGGGUCGCGGCGACAGGACGGUGGCAUGGCUGCGGCCACCGCAGACGGGGGUGCGGUCAUCCGGCUCAGUGGCCACACCCUGGACAAGGCCACUAAGGCCAAGGUGCACCUGGAGAACUACUACUCCAACCUGGUCACCCAGCACCUGGAGCGCAAGGGCCGCCACGAGAGGCUCGAAGAGACCAUGCGCGAGGAAGGCCUCUCGGAGGAGCAGAAGAAAGAGAAGCGGAUGCAGCACUCGCUGAAAGAAACAGAGUUCCUGCGACUGAAGCGUUCGCGACUAGGUGUUGAAGACUUUGAGCCACUCAAGGUGAUUGGUCGGGGCGCAUUUGGUGAGGUCCGGUUGGUCCAGAAGCGCGACACGGGCCACGUCUAUGCCAUGAAGAUACUUCGCAAAGCUGAUAUGCUUGAAAAAGAACAGGUGGCCCAUGUUCGUGCUGAGCGCGAUGUGCUGGUGGAGGCUGACCACCAGUGGGUGGUGAAAAUGUACUACAGCUUCCAGGAUGCCAUCAACCUCUACCUCAUCAUGGAGUUCCUCCCGGGCGGGGACAUGAUGACCCUGCUGAUGAAGAAAGACACCCUGUCAGAAGAGUGCACGCAAUUCUACAUAGCCGAGACAGCGCUGGCCAUCGACUCCAUCCACAAGCUGGGCUUCAUCCACCGAGACAUCAAACCAGACAACUUGCUGCUGGAUGCCAGGGGGCACAUCAAGCUCUCGGACUUUGGCCUGUGUACGGGUCUCAAGAAGUCCCACCGAACAGAAUUCUAUCGGGAUCUGUCGCAGGCUAAGCCAUCGGAUUUCGCAUCGAACCCAAUGGACUCCAAACGGAGAGCUGAGAGCUGGAAGAAGAACCGACGCCAACUGGCAUACUCUACAGUGGGCACACCCGACUACAUUGCACCCGAGGUGUUCCUGCAGACAGGCUACAGCAGUUCCUGCGAUUGGUGGUCCUUGGGUGUCAUCAUGUACGAGAUGCUCAUUGGCUAUCCACCCUUCUGCUCGGAGACCCCCCAGGAGACGUACCGCAAGGUGAUGUCGUGGCGCGAGACGCUGGUCUUUCCGGCCGAAGUGCCUAUUUCAGAGGAUGCCCGGGCGCUGAUCCAGGGCUUCUGCUCGGAGGCAGAGCGCCGUGUUGGUGCCCACGGCGGCUUGGCGCAGAUACAGGCGCAGGCCUUUUUCCGUGGUGUUGACUGGGAGCACAUCCGCGAGCGGCCUGCAGCCAUUCCCAUGGAGGUCAAGAGUAUCGACGACACCUCAAACUUCGACGAGUUCCCCGACGUUGACCUCAAGAUCCCCUGUGCCCCGCCUGUGACCCCGAGCAAGGAGCACACGGAGGCCGGCUACAAGGAUUGGGUCUUCAUCAACUACACCUUCAAGCGCUUCGAAGGACUCACACAGCGGGGCGUCAAGCCUCCCAAGAAGUGCUGACUGGGAGGGCAGCAGAUUGAGCAAAGUGCGUGCAGACAGUUGGCGGUGCUUCGCUGGCACGUUUCUUGCCACUGGUGAUACCUGAAGAAUUGCGACACAGACAGUGUGUGCCAUCCCCAUGAGAAGGCACUGAGAGUGUGCCCGUAUGCGUGUGUGUGUCUGGUCUUGGAAGGUAUUGAGAGAAGACGUGUUGAGGCUUUCAACCAUGAAGGCUGAAGAGAGUAAGAUGUUUAGUUAGGGACAGUGAGACACUGGAAAGGAAAUGCCUGGACACAGUGGCUGUCAUUCAUUCUGGCAUGGUACAUGAUCUCUUGACUUGGCUGGAUUGUAGAACAUAGUCCUCAUUUUAAGCAAACCUGUUGAGUGCUGACUUGGCCAGUAGUUUUUGAAGAGAGUUGUUAUGGUGACCAGUGGGUUCACCUCUACUCAACCUGCGCUUGUUGCUGGCAGUUGUUGGGCAGGAGUAGUGUGAGCGAGGCACAUGGCCAUGUUCAUUUGCCUGUUGUGCAGUGCAAUAAAACGCUGGCAGCAAACAUGCUUUACAGCAAUACACUUGCUAUGCUGGACCACCUAAUGUGUAACUACUUGAAAGGCAAGAUUACAUAUGAAAAGAAAAAAAAAUAAAGAAUGGAUGCCAAGUUGUACACUAGUGCCCUCUCUGUUUGUAACCUUGUGCCACGUCUUUCAAGCUGCUUGUGAGGCACCGGCAGGCUGGUUGGUUGCAUAUGAUUUAUUAGAUAGCAGUUCUAAUUUAAGAGACAGAUGCAAAUAAAGUUGUAUACUAUGCAGCUGCUGCGUUGUUCAUUGUAGGUAUCCUAGCAGACCAUUUGGUGAAACAGCAGGCUACUAGACAAAGGACAAGAGUGCACAGGACAUGUGCUGAAUUUACAAUUGAAGUUCAUUUGAAAAACCUAUGAGAGAUAUGCAUGAUAGUAACAUGUGGUAGGCAAUGCACGGUCCAGUAGCAUAGACGUUGGUGGCAACAACCAUCUAACUACUUUGUCAAACAGUGCCAAGGGGUGGGAUGACUGACACAGCCUUUGCCCCUCCUUCCAAUAUCGAAGCCUUCAACCACUUGACGUGUAGUCCGAUCCUUGUGUGCAGUCCGAUCCUUGUGUGCAAUAAAGCUUUGGGGACAGCAAACUUUGCAUAACCCUAUUCUCAACAACAGUUUGUCAAGCAUUAGUCUGCAUCACUUCUUACAUUGCCUCGAGGUUUUCAAGCAUGCAAAGUCCUGCAACCUUCACCGACAAACUCUUAAGGCACACUGAAAUCCAGUUCCUUGAUUGUAAAACUAAAAUGUCCGGCAGAGCACAUUUGUUGAAGCUAUGCGCCCAGAUCAAUCUGUUUGGCCUUGAGUGUGGCCAUUUGUAAAUUGUUGGGAAAGCCACUCUCGCCAAAUCUUGCCUCCGCAGCAUCAAGAGGCGAUUCUUCUCCCACAUUAAAAGACUCGAGGCAGCCCAUGGAUUAUCCACCAUUGGUUGUCGAGGUCUUACGAUAGUGUUGCGUGUUGCAGAACUGACCGCAAUUAAGCCCAGUCAUGGUCAACCGUGAUUUGCUCCCUUCUGCAGCUUUUGUAAGGGAGCCAGUUGCAGCUGUGAAUUUGUUUGGUAUGAAGCCCACUUGCGAUCGAAAGUGACCGUUUGACACUCGUAUUAUUUACACACGAGAAUGGGACAUCACGUGAGGUGGUUGAAGCCUUUUGUAUCACAAAGAAGAGUAAAAAUUGGGCUGAUAAACCCGGCUCUGUGGGAUGAAAGAAUGACUUAUGUAGGCUUGAAUUAAUGGGUGGUUGCUACGUAAGUCUGCUCGUCUAUACGACUCUGCAUCGCCCACAGUGUGGUGUUAGUGUCAUGUAUAACUGUAAACUUCACUUGUGAGUGUAGGGCAUCUCCCCUCCUUCAUCCAGUGACGCGCUCUUUUGUCAAAAUGAACCCACUUGCCCAAAUCUUGACAUUUAUUAUAGGCGUUGUGCAGCCCAGUUAAAAUUUGUGGCUUUGCACUCACCUGGUAUGAGAAUGCUUGCUGGCCCAUUUGCGAGUGUAGUAGGAUAUUGUAGAUUGAAAGAUGACACAUAAUCAUCAUUGUGUGCUGCCAGCAUUUUAGUUAACAGCUGUGUUUGCAAAUUGUCAAUAUCAUUGUAUGCAGCAGCAUUUCUUACUCCUUUUUUUUUGGUGGAGUUAGUUUCUGCCAGGUAUCGUUUGAGUCAUAUUAGUGAGCAACAUCUAAUGAACCAAUAUGUUCUUACCUCAUAUUUCUUGUGCAAGUUUUGGAUUGAAGUGAGAUGUAAACAUCUGCAUCGACUUGACUAAGGAUAGUCAAGGACGUUCCACGUGGUUAGGAAGCAGACAGAAGAGUAUGUUAUCUUGUUUUGGGGGAAGCUACUAGGAAAAAGAUUUCCUUAAGUACGUAGCCAUUAACACUGAAAUUUUCGGCAUCUACUAUAUAUGGCUUUUUAGGCUGAUUUCAAAUAUCUGCUCUAUUUGAUAUUCGGUUGCAUAGUUUUCAUUCUCCAUCAUGACAAUGUGUGAAAUGUAGCUCUUUUUAGACCCACUUUUUUUCUCUCUAAUGUACCGUACUAAUUAGAAGCCACUAAUGCCUAAUAAAUUCCUGAACGGUAACUGUGAAAUGAUGAAAAGUUUCUAGGAAGUGUGUACAAAAUGUUUUAAUUAAUGGGAUAAGUUAAAUCUAAAAAGUCUUAAAUUGUUGAGAUGCUAAUGAUUGCUUACUUGAAAUUUAUAAUAAUCAUCCUAAUCAUAUAUGAGCUGUCAAAACCUAAUGAAAGUUACUGCACUCUUAAAGUGUUAAGAAAUAUGUGUGGAACAUUUCAUGCACAUUCAACUAUCGAAUGUCGCAAAGAAAUGGUGUCCAAACUCAAGAAGUUGCCAAAAACUGCAAUUUAAAGUGGAAGCUUGUCUAUGCGGCAAAGAUAUGCUGUUUAAAAUUAUUUCUUCUUUUGUGAGAUUUAUAGUUAUAUUGAGCAUGUGGCUUUAGGGAACAAUGACAUGCAGUUAUGCAGUGUUAAGUGGGGGACUGUAAACAACGCUCUCGAUGUAGUUUUUAAGUUAUUCUUUACUUUAACCAAUUCACAUUUUAAAUACAAUCUUGGUAGUAUUCAUGAAUCUAGAGAAACUCAACUUGACAAAACAAUGACAUGCAGGAAACUUGUAAUUUCUGGAAAACUUGCGUUUGCUUUAGUAGAAUAUUUGUUUAGGGAAAUUAUGCACCGAAGCACUUUUAAUUUCGCUUGUAAGUGUCUGGGGAAAAUGUGACAGGUUAGACUAAAAACUACUCUGGCGCUUACUCAAAACAAUAUCCAUCAUACUUUUUAAGGCAUCAGCAUCAGUGCAUCUAAGUUGUAGCACCGUGCUAAGCUUUUAUCCAAUGGUGCCAUUAUCACUGCACGCAGAGGAGUGUGCACUGCUACGUAAUCACAGCGCUUCUGUCAACGUCACGUUUGCGGCCGUUUGUAUACAGUCUCUUUGGAAAGGGCCAGAGUGAAGUUAGGCCUGUGUUUCAGACAAGCAUACUUGUCAACUUGGAAAAACUACUCUUAGCAGUCAUUAUUGAUUCACAUGAUCUCGACUGUCUCAUCAUUAUUAGCACCAUGCAUUUGUGGCACUGCAAAUAAGGGGUUACAAGUCAUAAGCAAGCACGCUUUUAUUUUUUCCUUCUCAGACUCAAGCCAAAGUGUGUUUUAGGUUGGUGUGGUGGUUCAGUAGAUGUUGCUGGAAGCAUGUUGUCAAGUUUUCUUGGUUUGACAUUGCCAGGGCAAGAAGCGCUUGCUGUGUGCCGUACCAUUUAAAAUGUGGUCCUCUCGCUGAGUACACUUCUUGAUGAAUUGGUCAUUCACGUCUUCAUGAAGCUCUAAUGCAUGCAGUGAAGCCCAGUCACAUAAUGGGGAGUUUUAGAUUUAGCUUAUUGUGCAAAAUACAGUAGCCACUGGGUGCACGAAAGAACCAAAGUGCUUAUGAGGUUGUAGGCUGCAUAGUGUCUUUGUGUUAUGGUAGAACCUAAAGCUUCCUACUGUACUAUAUAAUGAAUGGUUCCAGUAUGUAUGCAAAACAGGCAGUUCGCUUUGAAAACAACACAAGCGUCACUCCACGAAUCUCUCUGUAAUGGACUGGGCAGGAUUUUGUUCCACAGCCAUCUCUUCUCGUGCAGUAUUCCUUUUUUUUUUUUUUAACACCGGGUUGUGUGGGGCAGAUGAUGAGGGAACCAAUAGAACCAAGCUACAGAAAAUUUUCCCCGAUUUAUUCAUAUGCUGCAUUUCUGUGUGAAAUAGUUAAAAAAAGCUGUGAAAAACAAGAGACCAGACAAAGUACACAUACAGCGCUCUGUAUGUGUACUUCUUUGUCUGGUCUCUCGUUUUUCGCGCUGUUUCUUUUCCACUAUGUCUUACCAACAUGCCCAAGCAACCACUUUAGCCACUUUUUCUGUGUGAAGUUGUAUUAAACUGCAUCGCGAUGAUGGUUUUGCAUUUCGUCGCACGUACAGCUUGCAAGCGUAAGUAGGCAGUGUGUCUAGCUUGCCCAACGUUGCCUACAUAGUGCGAGAUGUGAUAGUAUUUCGCAAACAAUACAAGCUGCUUCUUCUCUAGAACUGUUUGAUCUUGGGUUCCACAAAAUGGAAUUGAGGCAAGCUUGGUGUGGUUGCAUUUUUUAUUCAGCAGCUUCGGAGCAAUGCCAUUUGUUUAGUAUCACUAUGGGCACAGAAGUACAGUGCUGGUCUUGGCAAUGUUUGUUUGUCUAAUGUUUAAGCCUGCAAUGCUUGCAACUUUUCAUGCUUGUACUUUGGCUGUGUUAACCUUAUGCAGUGCAUUUCUGUUAAGUGGCCCCUAGGUCUUUGCAAAAGAUAGAUUCUGCUAAGCAUUGACACUACUAUUUGCAGUGAGCCAAAGAAAAAAAUGAACGUGCAGAUAGUCUUUGUAAAGCACAGUGCAAACAAACAAACAGGCCUCGUUUGAAAUCUUUAUUGUGUCUGAAUGCUGAUUUCCCGACAUCAGUGCAAGUUUCCCCAACUGUCCUGGUGCUGCACUGGCAAUUGAAUGGCAUUCUUAAAUAACUCUUAAUUGUGUCAUCUCUCUUAACGCUCCUAGCUGCUCUGUCACUACAGAAUGGCUUUUGCUCGAAUUGAUUACUGUGCAGGUGGCCUCAUUUGAGGUGCUUGCUGGGCACUUUCUGAAUGGUGCAUAGGAGUGCCAGUUUCUGCACACAACUUUGGUAAAUAGUUUCCUCUUUUUGUGCAAUCAAAGUGUACGUACAUACAUACAUACAAAGUGCAAUUUCAGGAGCGUAAUUGCAUGCAUCGCUUGUCUCCUCCAGCCAGAGUAAAUUGGGAGUAUUUAUAGUGAUCGCAAACCAAAGUAAAAGCCUCUGCAGACACCUUUGUCCACAACACGGCACAACUGCACUUGCAGAUGUGAAAUUAAUGUCUUGUCUCAGGACCUUGCAGUAAACUGGGUCACGAAAACAUGUAGCUGUUAGUUUUUCUGCAGUGCAAUAGGAAUGAGAAACAUUCUGAGACAUGCGAACGACACAAUACCGGGCUGACAGUCAACCGAAAUUUUUAUUCAAAUAAUGUGUUCUUAUAAAGAAGGACUCACUUCAAUGUGACAUAUGUGCUUGCAGAAAUUAAAUAUGAAAAAGUUGAGCGAGCGUUCAAACAUGCACGUAUGUCAUGAGCAGAAGUUUUUGAGUUGCACAUGUCUUAAACAAAGUUUCAAUCGGCAGGUGGCGCUGUGUCUUGUUGUGUGUGUAGCUGAGCUUUACCCUCAUCGUUUGUCGUUCUGCAAGAAAAUGGACCAGUGUCAACUAAUUAGCCCGCUUCACUGUGCUGCACUUUGGGCAACAGCAGUUGUGUACAUAACAGGCACUCUCAUUCAUGCAUACUUUGGCACCUGCAAACGCUCUUUGCAAGCCCAUUCAAAAGGCAGGCCUUCAAGUUCUGGCCAAAAAUAAUUGGUAGUAGGCAGCUGUUUUCAUGUACAACACCCCGGCUAUUGUCAAAUAUUCCUUCGUUUAACCAAAGUUUAGGACUGUUGAAGACUGUCACUCUACCUGUAAAAAAGCUGUAUAUAUUUUCUUUUGUAGCCCUACUGUAAAAAUUGUGUUUGUAGUCAACACAUGUGUUUUUUUCCGUGUGGUAAAAUUAUUUAUUGAUUGUUGUGUGACUCCUUUAUAUGAAUCUUUUUUUUUUCCUCUGAGACUGUGCAUUACGUUUAGGUAUACCUAUAUACAUAUAUAUUUUUGUUUCAGUUUUCUUCAAUGCUGUCUCGUCUUUCUCCCUAAUGAGCAAUACAGUACAGUACUGCACAGUAAGCUUGGCUCCCAUCUUACCCUGGGGGCAUUGCAGAGACACAGAAAUUGAUGACCUUUCGACUUUGAAUUGGCAACAGCACUUUUUCAUAAUUCCUGUCCUGUCGAAAGGUGCGAGACCUCUGGGGCCUCUAGAAAAAAUGCAGAGGUACUCUCUCAUUGCAAAGUGUUAAUUCAGUGCAGUGAGCUUCUGCAGCACAUGUGUAGUGUUUCAUGCUACUAGUACAUGUAUUUCAUAUGCGUGUAAGUAUCUCACAGAGAGCGGACCGUGCAGUACUUGCUGCAUUGGUUUUCGCAAACCUCUAGGAGAACUUAGCUGAGCAGCCUCAAUGAUGUACAUUUUUCCUUUGGCCGAGUUGUACCAGUCUUAGCGCGUUCGAGCAUUGCCAGCUGUUUCCCAUGGCUAAGUUUUAAUUGCACUCAUGUUUUUGGUGUUAUGAAUUUUCACGUAGCACAUCGACUGUUACACUUGCUGCUCAUUUUUAAACUGCAAUAUAUAAAACCUCUCUUGCUUCCUUCUUUUUUUUUGUUCUCUCUUAGCUUUUUGUACAGCACUCCACUGUCUUGAAGGGUAUUGUUUUUCUGGUACAUCCUUUCAUCCAAACCUGCAGUUUGUGCAACUGGUUUGCUGGAGUACCAUGUUUUUUUUUUUUUUCAGCUGCUAAGAUUGCAACUUUUUGUUAUUUUUUUUUCUCUGUAUUGCUGGUUGUCUUGAAGCCAACAGGAACAGCUGAUUUUUAAAAAAUCAUUGUAACCGCAACGCCUCAUUGUGGUCUAGGAUGAAAAAAUAAAAUAAAUAUACUACAGACAAUAAAGAUGAUUAUUGAAAUGCAUA